AUGGCUUCCAAGCCCAACUCUACAACAAGCUCCGGUCCUGAGGCUGCGGCCGGGGCUGCCACGCCGGAUUCCUCGCGAAACAAUGCACGACCUGCUCGCCGUCCGCGGCCACCCAGACCCAACUACAAACACAUACACCGUUUCCCCCUACCCGUCAGCGUUCACCCGCUCCCUCCUCUGAUCCCCCACAAUCCUCUGUCCAUUGUCAGCGUGCUCCUGUCGUAUCUGACGUACUUUGUGUCUCCCCCGCAUCAUGAAGUAUAUCCCGCCUACUUCGACUCCAAUACUUCGUCGGUGCACGUGACAGACGAGAAGGCCAUCCGGGCGCUGUGGGAAAUGGGUUUCUUCGGCAAGGGCACUUUGAGUCGAAGUGAACCGAGCUGGUUAGAACGGGAGAAGAAGAGGAGGGGGCUGCUCGGAGGGGUUACUAGUGAAGAGGCGACCCGACAGCGAAGAUCCGAGCGUCGUGAAUUGAAACUGGAGCGAGCUCGGAUGGAGAGAGUCGCCAUCGAGGAGAGAUUGAAAGUAGAGGCGCUUGCGCGAGAGACCGGCGUCAUGCCGGCCGAUCAGUCUACUAUGCCAGCAGCCGCUGAUGGUGUUACUACUGGCGCUGCCCCCACCACCGAAAAGUACUCUUUGCGAAAGGCUAAAGAAGCCCGAAUUCAGGAGACACGGCAGGCGGUAGCACAGAGCGAAGAGGGUGGCUCUCCCGGAAAGAAGGCCGUGCGGUUUUCCCCGGUAGUUCAAGCAAAGGAAUUUGCCUCAGAUUCUAUCUUGCACCUACCGGACUCAAGCCCUCCGGAACAAGAUGCCGGCGAGGAGCCUGUGUUGGAAAAUGAAGAACACCUUCAGCUAUCUAAUGAGGAGGCUUUCUUUUUGGUGUAUGGACUGGGUGCUCUCCAGGUCUUUGAUCGGAAGCAGAAUCGCGCACUAUCCUCCACCGCUCUCCUUUCAACGUUCUGUCAGCACUCGUACUUCCCCACGCGCAAUCCAUCCACGGACUUGCACCCCGACGACCCGUUUAUGGUCUCGUACGUUGUGUAUCACCACUUCCGCUCUCUCGGAUGGGUCGUACGCUCCGGCGUGAAGUUCGGAGUUGACUACAUCCUUUACAACCGGGGACCCGUUUUCUCGCAUGCUGAAUACGCAGUUGUGGUUCUUCCGUCCUACGAGGACCCCUACUGGUCCGCAACUGAAGAGCGGCAAGCGCAGUGUGCCCAGAAACAGGCCCGUAGCUGGUGGUGGUUCCAUUGCGUCAACCGGGUCCAGGCGCAGGUGAAGAAGACCUUGAUGGUUUGCUACGUCGACAUCCCACCUCCCGCUUCGGAUGAUCCGACGGCAGCUUCAGAGGGGGAUAUUGGAGCCCUCCUUGGCCGGUAUCAAGUGCGAGAAAUGACGAUUCGACGAUGGGUGCCGAAUCGGACACGAGACUAG